AUGGCCAGCAGUAUUCCGGCAGCGCUGCGAUCCUCUGAUGUUGGGCGCUUUGCCAUCAGGGCAGCGCAAAUUGAAAAGGCAAAGCCUGUGGUCGCCUACUGGUGCCAUUAUCAUAUUGUGAACCAAAUAAUCGAGAGAGGGCUUCACAACUCCGACGAUGAAAUCAAAACCUACACUACCAACCUCGUUGACAGUCUGGAGCAGUUCAAAAGCAAGAACUCCGAGAACGAGGCUGUAAUGGAUAAUGAUGCGGCCAGUGCUUAUGUCGAGCAAUUUGGACUGGAGAUUUUCAAUCGCGCCGAGGCUGCUAUGACCGCCAAUAAAGUCACCAAGCAAACUGCCGAUACGUUCCAAGCAGCCGCUAUUUUCCUCGAACUAUGUCAGAUCUGGGGGGAGCUGGACCCUGAGAUUGCAGGAAGGAUCAAGUUCGCCAAAUACCACGCGGUCCGGAUCGUGAAGGCCUUCAAGGCCGGAGAAGAUCCCAAUGCCACGAACCCCGCACCGAAAGCAGAGGAAGAAGAGGUGACAGUGGCCGAUCCAGAAGUGCAGGCGUUUGAUGAGUCCGUGGCAGAGCAGGCCUCGAAGCCACGGCAAGCAUCCGUCGAAGAAAUUCCAGACGAGGCUGAUCGUCUCAGCCGCCAAUUGGCACAUCAAUCUACCUUGGAUGAGUCGUUGCACCCAUCUCGGACCUCGUCAAUGCCACGGGUCCCCGCCGCUUCGGAACUCGAGAUCCCUUCUGUACCCAGCAACCCGCCUGGUACUCCGGGAAAAGCGAGGGACAUUAACCUGCCAGAAGCAGGUGGACUGGACCUCCCAUCCACACCCGGAACCAUUGGUGGCAAAAUCAGCGGUCCAGCUCCUGUCAUAGAUCUCCCAGAUACGCCAGGAUCUUCCGAUCUUCAUACCGCUCACGCACCGACUCAUUCCAACGCCUUCCAGUCCUUCCCUCCUCCAUCUGCAACAAGUCCAUCCAUCGAGGCCCCAAACCCCGGUGGUUUCUACAACCCAAGUGCUAGCACCCAUAUUCCUCCUCCAGCAGCAACUUCCUCGGUGCCUGCUCCAGUUGCCCGUGCCCCUGUUGCACCAGCUCCUGCAGCUCCAAGUCAGCCCUCGCACCUCGUGGAUGAUCAUAACAUCUCUCUAGCACAGAAACAUGCUCGCUGGGCAGUCUCUGCUCUUACAUUUGACGAUGUGGACACGGCGAUCAAAGAGUUGAAGAAUGCUUUGAGAUUUUUAGGCUCUGAAUGA